CCAAUGUUGUUCCACCUCACGCGGACGGUCGGAGAAAAACACGCUUCGAACUCGUGAAGAUCGUCACCAUGGCGACAGCGAUUUAUCUCGAACAUUAUCUCGAUAGCAUUGAAAACCUUCCCUGUGAGCUCCAGAGAAACUUCACACUCAUGAGGGAACUUGACAACAGAGCCGAGGAAAAGAAAUGUGAAAUCGAUAAGCUUGCAGAAGAAUACAUUAAAAACGUCCGUAAUCUGGCUCCGGAUCAGAGAGUGGAGCACCUGCAGAAGAUCCAGAACGGAUUCAGCAAAUGCAAAGAAUACAGCGACGACAAAGUGCAGCUCGCCAUGCAGACGUACGAGAUGGUGGACAAACACAUCCGAAGGCUCGAUGCAGAUCUCGCUCGCUUUGAGAAUGAGCUGAAGGAAAAGUUGGACGUCAGCGGCUACGAAAGUCCAGACAGCAGAACGGCCAAGAAGGCAGGCGCUCGAGGAGGCCUGAAGGAAAAACGACGGACGAAAGGAAGAGGACGCAAAUCUUCCGACGACGACUCGCCGCGGAAAAAGAAAACGAAGAACAGCCCUGAGUUCUCUGAGUCCAUCCUUCCAGUUCAUCCGUCAGACGUCUUAGACAUGCCUGUUGACCCCAAUGAACCCACAUACUGUCUGUGCCACCAAGUGUCUUACGGAGAAAUGAUCGGAUGUGACAAUCCAGAUUGUCCCAUUGAGUGGUUUCACUUCGCCUGCGUCGAUCUAACAACGAAACCCAAAGGGAAAUGGUUCUGUCCCCGAUGCACCCAGGAUCGGAAGAAGAAAUAAAAGAUGCACAUUUGUAACGUUGAGAGACUUCAUUUCUAUAUACAUGAGCAUAUAUAUGUAUUUUGAUUAGGUGGUAAAAUAGGAUAAUAUAUAUAAUAUGGCCGUGAUGAAAUAUAUAUAUAUAUCUAGAGGGUCGCGAGGAAACAAAGUGUUUAUUUUUUCAAAGUAUUUGAAAUGUUUCCAUUUGUUUGAGUUUCUGUGUCAUCAAAUUGUCGUUUUCAGACAAUAUAGGAUUUAUUAUAUAUGAGAUAUAUAUUUUAUUUUUUUCUCUUUAAUUACUGAUUAGUAUGUAUUUUCAUUUUGUAUAAAGCUUCAAGCAACUAUCGUGUCAUUGUGCUUUGCUCAUGAAAUGUUUUGCGAACCUUUAAGACGCUGAAUUCGGCAGCCGCUCUUGCACUUAAAAUAUAACGCGACUACUUUUUUCGCCAAUUAUCGAUUUGCUAGAACUUGUUCUUUGUUGCAUUAGGAAGAAUAUUUUGCAGAACCCAAGGCGAUUAACUACUGUGGAAGCUUGUUUCCGCCUCAGAAUUAAAAAAGGUAAUCUAACGAUUCAGAUUUUUCUUGCAAUUCUUACAUUUUUAUUUCUAAUCUUUUUUUCGCAACUUCAGGUUUAGAUAUCAGAAUGUCGCAAUUAUGCCUUUUUUUCAUCAGUAUGGCGGGAAACAAAGGCUGAAUUGUGAAAAAAAAAAAAAACGCAAUUACCGUUUUUAUUCCGUAGCAGAAAAAAAAUACAGAAUUGAUGAUUUUCUUGGAACAUGUACAUAAUUGACUUUACAUCUCUCAAUUCUUUAGAUUAUAUUUCGUAAUAGUUUUUUGUUUCCGCCACAGAAUGAAAAAUAAAAAAAAUGAUUGUGACUUUAUCUCGCAAUUUUGAGAUUCUUUGUGGCAAUUACGAGUUUUAUAUAUUGAAAUUCUUCUCAGAAUUGAGUUUAUAUCUUGUAGUUCUCAAGUUUUUAUUUAGCUUAUAAAAAGCCACAAUUACUGUAUUCUGUGGCAAAAACUAAAAAAUCUUGCAAUUCUGUGUAUAUAUCCCAUAAUUGUCUUUUUUUUUCUGCUAUGGUAUAAAAAGUAAAAAAUAAAAAAAACGUGAUAUUUACCUAAUAAUUCUGACUUUUUUUCUCGCAAUUGCAAGUUUAAAACUUACAGUUCUUUAGUUUAUAUCUUAGAUUAUAUAAUUCAUUUAUAUAAAAAAGCAGUAAUUAUCUUUUUAAUUCUGUGGCACAAAAAAAAGAAUUGCGAGAUAAAAUUAUUUAGCUUAUGUCACAAUCUAUUUUUUUUUACUUCAAUCACAAAAAAAACUAAAUUCUGAGUUUGUCUUGCAAUUCUGACUUUUUUCUCGCAAUUGCAAGUUUAUAGCUUACAAUUCGUUUAGUUUAUAUCUUAGAUGAUAUAAAAAUAAAAAAUAUUUUUUAAGCUGCAAUUACUUUUUUUUUUUUAUUCCUCCAUCCUUCAGAAAGCCUCUUGCUCCAGUUCUGAAUGUUUUGAGUGUGUGGUUUCGGCAGUAUCUGCUGUCUUUUCUCCAGCAGCUUUGAUGCACUUUUUCUCGACCUGAUUCUGCACUUAUGGCCAGAACACUUUCAGAUUCAAUGCUCUUGUUGUGGCUCUAAAGGUCGAAAGGCAAAGCAACUGUCAGAGAAUCAACCAAAGCAAGAUAAAGCUGUGUUAACACUGCUCUUGUGUUAUUUUAUCAUUCUAUAUGUGAUCCAAAUAUAAAACAUGAAAUAUUCCUUCUAUCUUGUUGACGUGAGACUACCUUGUUGAACUGUAUUUUGUAUCGUGUCAUCAGUAGUUGGUAGAAGCCACAAGGUUGAAAGUGUGACAAUCAAGUAGUGUUUUAUUUUUUCAUGUUUCAGAAAAUUUUUCUGUACAGCUUUUCAUAAAAACAAAUAAAUAUUUACCAUUAAAACUCA